AUGUUGGUGCUUGAUGAUCAGUACGCACCAAGAAACGGUUUGCUUAUCGCUGGCAUAAGCGGUGACGUGUUUGACUCUGUCUCUGUGUCUCUGGGAAAGAAUGCCACCUACCUCUACUUCGUUUGCAUCGAUAUUCAGCACGGAAGAUGGGGCACCAACAUAGACGUUGGGCAAGGCCAAAAUCAACGCCUUGCGAAUAGAGCGUUUCAGCUCUUCUGCAUGUUGGCGUUUACAGCAAAAAUGCUUUUUCGUCUGUUUCUCGGUCAAUUUGAAAAGUUGGCUCAUGAUCUUGAUGAAACCCCUGACGAAUAG